UCUCAGGUCCCUAGGUAAUGAACUUUCCAAAUCGGCCCGGAAGCUGGGCGGCGCGUCACUAGUCUACCUUCUGAAAAGUCUAUAGGGAAGGCGAGAAGGCGCCUCCCCUCGGCAGCCAAUGGGAAGGCGGCGGAAGGCGGCCCAAUGAGGAGGCAGAAGGAAAGAGCUCCGCGGCCAGUAGGAGAAGGGCAGGAGGAGGCGCGGAGAGCCGAGCGUGACGUCCGGGGGACGCUGCGCCAAGCUUGUAAACAGACCCUAUGGAGGUUCUGUUAAAGUUUCUGAUGCAGGUGCUGGCCUCUUCAAAGAUGGGGACCAAUAGCUGAAGGUGUACAGACCCAACAAGCUCCUAAUCCUAGACUGUCCAGCAACGUAUGGAUGAUAAUCUUUAGGAGGAAGCAAGAAUGAAAGGCAACACUCUGGAGAGUUCCACUUUUCACCAGCCCCACAGGCUGACCUCUCAGCGACGAGUGGCUGAAGAAUGUGUCAGCACCCAACCACUAAGGAGCGCUGGAAAAGCCUGCUCUCCCCUAACAUGCUCAUUUGAAGAAGGCAAAAACCGGAAAAAAGCCAAGCUUGCUGGUAGAAGACACACUAGUCCAAGCCUUGCUCCUCCAGUCCCUCCAGUGCUGGAACUACAGGGAAUGUCUUACGGACAAGUCUUCCAGAAUUUGGAUCUCCAUAGCCAGUGUCCUUUCAGUAUGCCACAGUGCAGGAGGACUCCAGAAAAUCCUGAGGCUGCCCAUGCAGCCCCUUACAUGUCCAUCUCUGCCCCUUCCACACCAGGAGUGGAUUUGUCACAACCCCCGUCACUGAGUCACCAGCUGAUGGGUUCCUGUCAUCAAAACACUCACGAAUGCACGCCUGUCACGGACAACAGCAGAGUGACGAGUCUGUACGCUGAACUGAUCAGAGAACUGGAGCGGCAGGUGGCAGAGUUGAGGAGAGCGCUGGCGUCUCGGAUGGAGGCUGCUGUGCGGCAGGAGAAGAGGAUCCAGGAGCUGGAGCUGGAGAACCGUGAGCUGAAAGCUCUCACCCAGAACUUAGAGGAGCAGAACGACUUCCUGUCCAUCAGGAAUGGUGCAGGUGGAGGAGCACCAGCCAAGGUGGUGCUGGGAACGGGACACCCUCUCUUUGAUGUCAAUGAAAACAAUAUUCAGUUCCUCAAAAGCCUGGUGGCAGUGCUGGAGAAUGUCACACCUUCACAGGUCAGUGGUCUGCAGCCACCACAUUCUCUGGAAGAUCAGAGGCACGCGCCAGCCACUGUGCCACAUAUCUCACCAGUUUGGAGGACACUAAACACAGAACCAGGUGGCUUGUCACCCUGGAUAAAUGCAGGAGAUGGUUCAGGAAGUCCCAUUGGGCUCAGUGAUGCCACCAGCACAUGGGACAACCAUGUGCAAGAGACACUGUCUGAUGAGUCACCUGUAUGGGCAUUGCCAAUGGAGGAGAAUGAGAGGACGAAGCUGGAACUGGUCCCCAACUCGCAAGUCUACGUUUCCCAUCACCAGCUGGAGGACCUAUCCCAAGUCUCCACCGACAAGCCUGAGCUGAUGACCAGACGCUUGUUGGAUUACUUCUUCUCUCGUGAAACUCUUGCCCGGUCUUCGGCCACUGGACAGCGCAUCGCCCACAACAACAUGACCAUGGAGAAGCCCACCCCAUUGCCAGUUGCUGUUGUAAAUGCUAUCAAAGGUAGGGGAUGUGGCGAGAUCUUAAGUAGUGCUGAUAGGGAAAAGCAAAGUGUGAGCAGGUUUACAGUAUUUCCUCUUCGGCAAAGACUGGGGCAGUGCCUUUUUACCCUAGCUGUUAAACCUAAUUUGCUUUACUCUCAUAUUAGAAAUUCUGUUAUAAACUUCCUCCUCAUUCUCAACCUCAAUGAUUAUCUAAAACCACUGUGUAUCCUUAAGCACAGUCAGUAUGCUUUUAAAACAAAUAUAAGGCCUUCUGGCUGUAUACAACUGUUAUUUAUUAUUAUUUAUUAAAUUUAUAUGCUGCCCUUCAUCUGAAGAUCUCAGGGAGGUCCACAAGAUAAAAAUGCAGGAAUCAAAGCACAAAAUAGUUAAAACAAAAAUAAAACAAUACCCCCCCCCAUAAACACAUUUAGAAGGCCAUAGACCCAUGCUUGGUUGAAGAGAUACUUUUUCACCCGGCACCUAAAGAUGUAAAAUGAACAAACCUCCCUGGGGAGAGCAUUCCACAAACGGGGAGCCGCUGCAGAAAACGCCUGACUCAAACUAAGUUGUGUCCAUUAAUUUCAGCGGGCUUACUUUGUGACUCGCAUGGAAUACAAUUUGUAGUUUAGUUUAUAUUUUACAAUAAUGUUUCUUACAAAGCUGGAGUCUGCACACACUGCGCUUUGAGCUUACGCUGUAUGAUCAAGGGGUUUGUGAAACUGCAAUUAUUAUUAGGAUGGGGGAAGACAAGAAAAUAGGUUUGUUGAGAAAAGAUAUUUUUGUCAUGUUUCAGUCCAAGAUAAUGUGCAGCCACGGAAACCGUUGGGACAUUUGUGAACUUGGCUUAUAUUAUUAUUGAAUCAUCAUCAGGAGUUUAUAAGCUUUUAUAGGAUGACAAAAGGUCGUAAGCUUGUGUCGUAAUAUUUGGUGCAAUGCUUCCUUUCUAUGACCUCUCUCAAGUUUUUCUUUAAAUAUACGUGUUUUAAAAAGGUCACAGAAAAAAAGCUUUACAAAUAAACUGGCUGCACUAAAACAAACAAAACCCUCUGUAUAAUCUUCCUUACUGUUGGCUUUUGCAGAAAAUUCCUAAUUCUUUGAAAAUUUUGAUCAUGAAAACACGUUAAGAUCUGUGUGCUUCACUUGCAUUCAUUCUUCUUGGAAAAGAAUUUGGACUGGUUUGGAAACAUACAAGCUGAACUGAUGUUUCCAGUGUAUGUCACCAGGAAUAACACUGAACUAAGCUCUCUCACU